AUGACAAUUGUUGUCUUCACUGCGCUCUCGAUUCAAGCAAUCUUCUGGCAACAAAUGGUCCUUGAUCUUCAUGUCUCUUAUACACAGCUAAACCAAGCCAUGUCGGUCAAUUUUGUCGGUUUAGCAACCGGCUGCGUAUUGUUCAUCCCAUUGGCUAAGAAAUACGGCCGGCGACCGGUGUACAUUGUUUCCAUUGCUAUCAUGUUCGCCACAUCUUUUUGGACGUCCAGGCUCGAGAGUCUUGCGGAGCUCUACAUUACAAAUCUGCUUCAGGGCUUGGCUGGUGCUACCAAUGAGGCUAUCGUGGAGAUCACAAUUUCAGAUUUAUUCUUCGUGCACCGCCGAGGAAGUAUGAACGGUCUGUAUAUGACUAUGGUCAUGAUCGGGAGUUUCUUGACACCCAUGGCAGCAGGAGCGCAGGCAACAAGGCAAGGAUGGCGGUGGUCGUACCAAACACUGGGGAUCUUUAACGCGAUCUUCUUCCUUGUGUUUCUGUUCCUCUAUGAAGAGACAAAAUAUGUUCCGGUCUUGAACGGGCAACCCAGAGCCGGCCAAGACACUGAAGGGGACCUUUCCGCUCCUGCCGAUCCAAUCCAGAAGUCCGCCGUGCAGUCAGACACGAAAGCUGCUCUUCCAGUCGAGCCAAACAGCCUUAAUCAUGAAUUAGAUUUCAGCAUUCCUAUGAAUACGUGGCGAAAGCGCCUCACCCUAUGGACUCCCUCCCCCGAGCCCAUGUGGCCUUAUUUCUACCGCCCCUUCUACGUGUUGUUCAGCUUCCCGACUGUGUUCUUCACUGGAAUUCAGUAUGCUUCUGGUGUGGCGUGGCUGACUAUCACUGCGAACGUUAUGGCGCUGGUCUACCCAUUGCCCCCAUACGGUUUCACACCUGAGCAGAUUGGGUACAUGAGUCUUGGCCCGUUUAUUGGCAACCUCAUCGGCGCCUUUUACGGUGGAUUACUCGGAGACCGUUCUAUUCUUUACUUCUCUAGGAGAAAUAAGGGUCUCUAUGAGCCCGAAAUGCGUUUGUAUAUUUUGCAUCUCCCUGCGAUCUUUAUGGCUGGAAGUUUGAUUAUGUUCGGCAUGACUCUUUCGCGGGGUAUGCAUUGGACUUACCCUAGCAUUGCCGGAGCUUUCUUCGGAUUUGGACUGGGCAGUAUAGGCAAUGCCACUUUGACACUGGUGAUUGAUAGUUACCGUGAUAUUACCGGUGACGCCUUCACGGGAAUAGCAUUCCUCCGUAACGCCAUCAGUAUUGGUAUUCCAUUUGCAAUUUCGCCCUGGAUUAAGCGCGAUGGUCUCCAGAAUAUGUUCAUUGCCUGCGGAUUCAUCAAUUUGGGUAUCUCGCUGCUCAUCAUUCCUAUGGUGUUCUACGGCAAGAAGUCUCGCCGUGGCUUGGCGACACGCUACUAUCGUCUCGUGGAACAGCAGGGUCACUCGCAUGGUGGGUGA